CGGAAACCGCUGAGCGGAAAUCAACGUCAUUUGAAGGCGGGGUUAUGCGUGUUGCAUGAUCUACACAUUUUAUUUCCUUAAUCUGUUUUGCCCCAGUUUUCUAUUGCAAAUUUCCUGAAUUUAGAUUUGAUAUAUUUUGAAAAUAAUAAGAUUUAUUUGUCUGAAAGAGGAACGCGACUUAUUAAGAUGGGUUAUAUGGUCGUGGAGAAACACACAUCUGAUCUUCUCCAUCUGAAGAGGUCUCCUGGGAUUAGAUCAUGGUCCCUCCUUGUUGGAAUUGCUUCAGUUGGACUAGCAGCAGCCUAUUACAGCGCUGACAGCAUGUUAUGGAAGAUGUUCUAUGUGACUGGCUGUUUUUUUGUAGCCCUACAGAAUAUGGAGGAAUGGGAGGAGGCAGUAUUUGACAAAUCUAAGUGUGAAAUAGAAUUAAAGACGUUUAGUCUCUAUACCAUGAUAUUGACUAUGUGGAAAAGAGGACAUGAGAAAGUGGUGUUAGAUCUGCGGCACCUGCGGGACGUGAGUGUUCAGGAGGAGAGGGUGAGGUAUUUGGGGAAGGGUUACCUGUUGGUGAUGCGUCUAGCGACAGGCUUCUCUCACCCUCUUACACAGAGUGCCACGCUGGGCUCACGGAGUGAUGUGGAGGCACUUGCUGCACUUCUGAAGCGCUUCUUGGGUCUUGAAGAGUUACAGCAGCGUUUGGCAGAAGAAGAGUUUCCUGAUGACGACGACAUUGAAGAUCUGGGAUUGGGCGAUAGCAGUGAUUCAAAAGAUGAAGAUGAACUUUAAAAACCUCAGGGAUAGAUGGAAAAUGGUGGAAGACACUGUAUCAAGCCUUACAUGAAACAACCAAACAUUCCAGGCUUACGAACAUCCUGAUGACAAUCUCAAAGCAUUAUCUGUUAAUGUGGCGAUGCAUUUUCACUUGCAUCUUCAAAGAGGCAUUACCAGAUGACAUUCAGUACUUCUGCAAGAUUUCUCUGUAUACUUUGCUGCGUGCAUAACUAAUUCAACAGUUUGUGAAAUAACCGCAUGAAGAAUUCCCUUUCUUUGGUCAAAGAUCAGGUGGUCAUGUGCUCUGAUCCUCCAUGCACGCCCACUCAAGUUCACACUGUGCCUUUAUACACUGCUUGAAUGUUAAGCCCUUAGUGGUUUGUGAUUUUAAUUUUCUUUUUGUAAAUGUGUAAAUAUUAUUUUUGAUUCGAAAUCAUUUUAUUUUUUAAGACUCUCAAGCAAGAAAAAGAAUUUUAAACAUGGCAGCUGCUUCGAAAUCAAUUGUCUUCAAAGGGGAUGGUUUUUAAAAUUGAUGUGGCCACUUUUUUUAUUAGAUAACGAGUAUACUUUGUUACACAUUUCACUUUUGUUUAUAAUAAAAUCAUUUGAUAACAUUGGUUUAAACUGGAUUAUCAUAGCUUUUAGUUUAGCUUGGUUGCAUAAUCAUUAAAUCUGUAGGACUGGAAUAUUCAAUGUGGUUGGGAAAAAAACAAACCAGUAGAAUCUGGAUGUGUUAUGUUAGUAAUAGCUUUUUUUAUUGGACUAGUACAAUAAAUACUGGAAAAAUGACAGUAAAAGAAAAA